UAAAAAAAUUAUAUAAAAUGUCUGGAGAAUUACCUAAAAUCACUUCUAAGAGUUUAUUUUCUACUUAUGUUGAAAAAAAGAAUGCAGAAGAGGAAGCAAUUAAAAUAAGGAAUAGAAUUGAUUAAAUAAGAUAAGAACGUGAAAAAAUAUUAAAGAAAAUUUAAGCUGAAGACUUAAAAGCAGAAUAAAUUUAUAAACAUAGAUUAGAAUUGUAAUUAAAAGUAACAUAUAUAUAUUAAAAUUAUAGAAAGAAGAAAAAAUAAGAUAGAAGGUAGAAGCACCGCUUCCAUUUUCUUUAAAUGUUUCAAGAGCAUAGAAAGAAACUUUAAAAAAAAUAAAAGAAGAAAUGCUCAAUAAAAAGAAAACUGAAGUAAAGGAAUUUAGAAGUUGGCAUCGAUAAGAUUUGGAAGAAACUAAAAUGCAGAGAAGUUUAGAUCAUGAAACUUAUCGUUCUAAAGUUCUCUAAGGUAAGUAAGAGGAAAGAUAAGCUAAUUUAAAUACUUUAGCUAAGUUGAAAGAAAGAAGAGAUAGAAUUAGAUUUGAAGUUGAAAUUGAAAAAGAUAGAGUUUUAAGAGAGAAAAAUGAAUAUGAUUAAAAAAUUUAAGAAUUAGAAUAAUUAGAAUAAUUAGAAUUAUCUUAUUUAUAGAAUACCUUACAAAGAUAAAAUUAAGCUAAAGAAAAAGUAAAUUUAGCAUAAAGCCUCUCACCUAAAGAAUUUGAAGUUAAGUUUGGCUAUAAUUCUACAAAAACCAAUUAUUAUCCAUCAAGUUCAUGA